CCCUCAGUGAUGUGGAGAUGAGGUCUGGAGGGGAUGGGAAGGGCGUGGGUUCCCACUCUUACUCACUCGGACCAGCACCCACAGAAGGGGACAGAUUGAGGAGCUAGUUGCCAGGCCUGGUGACCACACACAGAGUAUCCUGCCGCCUGCGUCCUCAUGAUUAGUGACAAGAGCCCCCCGAGGCUGAGCAGGCCCAGUUAUGGCUCCAUUUCCAGCCUGCCUGGCCCAGCACCUCAGCCAGCGCCUUGCCGGGAGACCUACCUGAGUGAGAAGAUCCCCAUUCCCAGCGCAGACCAGGGUACAUUCAGCCUGAGGAAGCUGUGGGCGUUCACGGGGCCUGGUUUCCUCAUGAGCAUCGCUUUCCUUGACCCGGGAAACAUUGAGUCCGACCUUCAAGCUGGCGCUGUGGCUGGGUUCAAACUCCUCUGGGUGCUGCUCUGGGCGACUGUGCUAGGUUUGCUGUGCCAGCGGCUGGCUGCCCGGCUGGGCGUGGUGACAGGCAAGGACUUGGGUGAAGUCUGCCAUCUCUACUACCCCAAGGUGCCCCGCAUCCUCCUCUGGCUGACCAUUGAGCUGGCCAUUGUGGGCUCAGAUAUGCAGGAAGUCAUCGGGACGGCUAUCUCCUUCAAUCUGCUCUCCGCUGGACGCAUCCCGCUGUGGGACGGUGUACUGAUCACCAUUGUGGACACCUUCUUCUUCCUCUUCUUGGAUAACUAUGGUUUGCGCAAGCUGGAAGCUUUCUUCGGUCUCCUCAUUACCAUAAUGGCUUUGACCUUCGGCUAUGAGUAUGUGGUAGCACACCCUUCCCAGGGAGCGCUCCUUAAGGGCCUGGUGCUGCCCACCUGUCCGGGCUGUGGGCAGCCCGAGCUGCUGCAGGCAGUGGGCAUCGUCGGUGCCAUCAUCAUGCCCCAUAACAUCUACCUGCACUCAGCCUUGGUCAAGUCUAGAGAAGUAGACAGAACCCGCCGGGUGGAUGUUCGAGAAGCCAACAUGUACUUCCUGAUUGAGGCCACCAUCGCCCUAUCGGUGUCCUUCAUCAUCAACCUCUUCGUCAUGGCUGUUUUUGGUCAGGCCUUCUACCAGCAAACCAAUGAGGAAGCGUUCAACAUCUGUGCCAACAGCAGCCUCCAGAACUAUGCUAAGAUCUUCCCCAGGGACAAUAACACUGUGUCAGUGGAUAUUUAUCAAGGAGGUGUGAUCCUAGGCUGUCUCUUUGGCCCUGCGGCCCUCUACAUCUGGGCAGUAGGUCUCCUGGCAGCGGGGCAGAGUUCUACUAUGACCGGCACCUAUGCAGGACAGUUCGUGAUGGAGGGUUUCCUUAAGCUGCGGUGGUCCCGCUUCGCUCGGGUCCUUCUCACGCGCUCUUGCGCCAUCCUGCCCACUGUGUUGGUGGCUGUCUUCCGAGACCUGAAGGACCUGUCCGGCCUCAACGAUCUACUCAAUGUUCUGCAGAGUCUACUGCUGCCCUUCGCUGUACUGCCCAUUUUGACUUUCACCAGCAUGCCAGCUGUCAUGCAGGAGUUUGCCAACGGCCGGAUGAGCAAAGCCAUCACUUCGUGCAUCAUGGCGCUAGUCUGCGCCAUCAACCUGUACUUUGUGAUCAGCUACCUGCCCAGCCUCCCGCACCCUGCCUACUUUGGCCUUGUGGCUCUGUUCGCAAUAGGUUACUUGGGCCUGACUGCUUAUCUGGCCUGGACCUGUUGCAUCGCCCACGGAGCCACCUUCCUGACCCACAGCUCCCACAAGCACUUCUUAUAUGGGCUCCCUAACGAGGAGCAGGGAGGCGUGCAGGGUUCCGGGUGACCGCGGCAUCCAGCAAGCAAAGAGGCAACAGGGCAGACACAGCAGAGCAAUUGGAGGUCCCCUACUGGCUUUCUGGAUUACCGGUUUCCAGUUUGGACAAGUGCUUUACCUCGGAAUAAUGACACCAUUCUUAUCACCACAACCUAAGAGACUUAAAAAACACAGUGCCUGGGGCGAGAGAUGGCUCAGGUGUGAAGAACACUAGCCACCACCCUUUCAGAAGAUGGGGAUUCAAUUCCCAGCAUCAACGUGGUGGCUUUCAACUGAAGGUGACUCCAGUUCCCAGAACACCUCAAACAGAACUGCCACAACUCCAUUGUCUCACUCCAGCUCGUGGAAGAUGAAGGGAGGAGUCCUAAAGAGUUCUAGGUCGGGUCUCUGGAGAGACGGCUCAGCUGUUAAGAGCACCGGACUGCUCUUCCAGAGGUCCUGAGUUCAAUUCCCAGCAACCACAUGGUGGCUCACAACCAUCCAUAAUGGGAUCCCUCUUCUGGUGUGUCUGAAGACAACAACAGUGUCCUCACAUAUAUAAAAUAAAUAAAUCUUAAAAAAAAAAUCUUAAAGAGUUCUAGGUUAUCCUCCUAAAAAGUGAGUCCAAGCUGGGCAGUGAUGGUGCACGCCUUUAAUCCCAGCACUUGGGAGGCAGAGGCAGGUGGAUUUCUGAGUUCAAGGCCAGCCUGGUCUACAAAGUGAGUUCCAGAACAGCCAGGGCUACACAGAGAAACCCUGUCUCUAAAAAACCCAGUUAAUCAAUCAAUAAUAAAAUAAACUGAGUUCGAGUCCAACCUGGGCUACCUGAGAGCCUGUCUCAAGAAGGAAGUAAAAAGAAGGAAGGAAAGUGGAGGAGGAGGAGGAGGAGGAGGAGGACGAGGACGAGGAGGACGAGGAGGAGGAGGAGGAGGAGGAGGAGGAGGAGGAGGAGGACCUGACAAACUUGGGGGGAGGAAGAGUCGGACUGGAAGAAACUUAAAAAAAUAGAAAUCGUCCGAUGAACCAAAGGGUAGCUCCCCUCUGUUCCAAAGCGCUAGAAAAUCUAAACGCCAAAACCCGAACCCUCCAAAUGACUGUACGGAAACCUAUUUUCCAGAGAGUAAAACCUAGAAAGUGCUCCUUCUCUGUCAGGAGCCAGACCAUAAAGAACCCAAAAGUCUGUGCCUCAAGGCCCAAUUCAUUUGCCAUCUCCCCAGGGAACUGGGCUGACCUGACUCCCACGCUGCGCUAUUAGGGUUCCCUGUACUUCACUCUCAGCUCCCCCUAGGGGCAGGGACUCUCCCGGGCGCCCACACUCCGGCCUAGGCCCUGUCCUCCUUCAAGGGCAAGCGGGACACAGGUGAGAGGAGGGUGCUUUCUCCCAGGGCCGCAGAAGCCACCUCCGCGCCCGGGUAGGGAGUAGCGGUGUGGGCGGGGAACCCCCUCCUCCGCAGUCAGCGUCCCGGAACCCUUCGCCCUGUGUAGACCUAGCACAUUGCAGACGCUCCCUAGGCAGUUUCUAGGCUCCCCUAAGUCCCUCCUCCUGACUCCUCCGGUUCCUUGCACUGUAGCCUAGAACAGCCCAGAGCCGCACGGGGGAAGGGGUGACCGGGGAGCCUUUUCCCAGGGUAGAGCCUGGGGGAGGUUCUCUGUCUGAAAGCAGCUCCUAUUACCCGGAACCCAGCUGGGAAGGCUGUGGACUGGCCGCUCAGAGUGGGGCGCUUGUUUAUGAAAAGAAUUUCCUCUUUCUUAAAAGGGCAAUGAAAAGAGUGGGCCCAAAAGGAGUGGCUAAGGGAGAGGUCUGGGUGCCUGAGCAAGAAAGAGUACCUCCCCUCGCCUUGGUGCCUGCUGCUGGAGAAGAUGGGAUCCGAGAUAAUAAAGGGAUGCUGUGGAAUGGGGCUGGGGGACCCAGAAGGAGGGAGAAGCUGAUCGUAUGACUAGUUGUGUUUAGGACUUAGAAUUGAGCGCUGAGAAGUUCGAUGGGAUUUGGCUCUGCCAAGGACGAAGGGGCACGUUUCAAGCCGAGGGAACAGCACGUACAAGAUACAAGGCGCCCUGAGCAGCAGAGGCUCGGCUUCUGCCAGGGUUUGGCAGGGGAAGAGGGCGAGAUUUGCUACAGGACAGUCGGUAAAGGUAGGCGCCGAAGUGGACUUUUCAAUCCUGGGAUGUUCUCGAGACUGCAGGGAAUGCUGAUAGUUACAGUUGGAUCACGAACAUAAUUUAGGACUGGAGAGGUUCAUCAGCCGUUAAGAGAAGUCCCUGCUCAUGCAGGCCACCUGAAUGAGUUCAGGUGCCAGCACUCAAGGCUAACCACUGCCUCCAACUUCUGCUCCAGGCGAUGGCGCCCUCUUCUGGCCAUUGAAGGCUCCGGCAUUCAUACACAUACACAAAAAUAAAAUCAAUCUAUCUACAA